AUGGCCCGCGAUGACUACACAGUUGGUUGGAUCUGCGCCAUAACUACGGAGUAUGUUGCCGCACAAGCUUUUUUGGAUGAAAAGCACGAGGGACCGGAAUAUGUGUCCCCCAGUGACAACAACGAUUACACCCUAGGCCGUAUGGGGAAGCACAAUGUCGUUAUUGCUGUCUUACCUAGCGGAGAGUACGGCAUCGCAUCUGCAGCUAUCGUGGCUAAAGAUAUGUUGCACAGCUUUCCUAAUGUUAAGAUCGGUCUAAUGGUCGGUAUCGGCGGCGGUGCGCCAAGUCUGAAGCACGAUAUACGUCUUGGCGACAUUGCGGUUAGUGAGCCUCGAGAUGGGAUGGGUGGUGUGUUCCAGUACGACUUCGGCAAGACAAUACAAGGUCAGAAAUUUCAUACAACGGGGUUUCUAAACCAGCCGCCAACCAUCCUACGAACUGCAGUGAAUGGGAUAAAGGCACUCGAAUUCACUCAUCCUCUAAACAAUGACUCAAAUUGUGCCGCAUUCUGUGGUAACAAUCCAUCAAAACUGAUAUCGCGUUCCGAACGGACCAGAGACGAGGACAAUCCAGCCAUUCACUACGGCAUAAUUGCUUCAGCGAACCAGUUAAUGAAGGACGCUCAGAUUCGGGAUGCUCUGGCAUCUGAAAAGGACAUUAUAUGUUUCGAAAUGGAAGCGGCAGGACUGAUGAGCAACUUCCCCUGUCUGGUUAUUCGCGGCAUCUGUGACUAUUCGGAUUCGCACAAGAACAAGGAGUGGCAAGGGUAUGCAGCGAUGGCGGCGGCUGCAUAUGCGAAAGAUCUUCUUUGUCGAAUUCCUCAAAACGACGUCGAGGCUCUCCGGAGGACGGCAAGCGGCGUCUCAGCGCAGCCCAGAAGAGGAGAGAACCAGACGCUCAAUGACGAAGAAAAACGUGCGCUACUGGACUCGCUGCGGUUCACCCAAAUCGAUGCUCGCCAUAUAACCAUCAAGAACGCUCACGCCAGGACCUGUAAAUGGCUGCUACAGACGUCUGAAUAUCUCGACUGGCUUAAUCCCGACAAGCUUAGCGAACAUCUCGGCUUUUUGUGGAUCAAAGGGAAGCCUGGGACAGGGAAAUCGACACUGAUGAAGUUUGCUCUUGCUAAUGCUCGGAAGAAGAUAAAGGACAUGAUUAUUAUCUCCUUUUUCUUCAACGCGCGGGGAGACGAUCUGGAGAAUUCUACACUUGGAAUGUACCGGUCCAUACUACUGCAGCUUCUCGAACGACUACCCGAACGUCAGGACAUCUUUGAUUCCCUCGGAUUAACAAUAAGGAAGAGUGGAUACCACCAAUGGAGCGUCGAAUCACUGAAAGUACUUUUCGAACAAGUUGUGCAGGGUCUUGGAAAGUCCUGCCUUCUGUGUUUUAUUGACGCUUUAGAUGAAUGUGAAGAGGAUCAAAUCCGAGAUAUGAUAUCGUAUUUCGAAUCCUUGAGCAAAAUAACCACGCCAGCUGGUAUUAGCUUCCGGGUCUGCUUUUCAAGCAGGCACUACCCUCAUAUUUCCAUUACAAAAGGACUUAGCCUAACUCUCGAAGGACACGAAGGACAUCACCAGGAUAUAGUCAACUACGUGGACAGCGAGUUGAGGAUUGGACACAGUUGCCUCGCCGAGCAGAUUCGUGCCGAUCUCCAAGAAAAGGCAUCUGGAGUUUUCAUGUGGGUUGUACUAGUGGUGGGGAUCCUGAACAAGGGGCAUGACAGGGGUCGCAUUCAUGAACUACGAAAAAAACUGCGAGAUAUCCCUGGGGACCUACACGAACUGUUCCGCGAUAUUCUGACACGGGACCACCACAACAGAGAUGAACUGCUUCUCUGUAUUCAGUGGGUGCUGUUUGCGAGACAGCCGUUGAAGCCAGAACAGUUGUACUUUGCCAUCCUGUCUGGUACUGAACCAGAGGUUCUAUCCGAGUGGAACCCCGAUGACAUUACAACAUCCGUUAUGAAAAGGUUCAUCCUCGAUUCCUCUAAAGGGCUUACCGAAGUCACCAAGUCCAAAACUCCAACGAUUCAAUUCAUUCACGAGUCAGUCAAGGACUUUCUUCUCAAAGAAAAUGGGUUAAGGGAGAUUUGGUCUGACCUCGGAGGAAACUUUCAAGGAGAAAGCCAUGAAAGACUAAAGCAGUGCUGUCUUAACUACAUGAGCAUUUCUGAAGCCACUUAUUUAAACAUGUCCAAUUCACUUCCGAAAGCAUCAUCCCAGCAAGCUGCAGAACUCCGCCAAUCGGCAGAUGCGGCAUUUCCGUUGCUUGAGUACGCCAUACGAAACGUUCUAUACCAUGCAGAUGCAGCAGAAGGGGGCGGAGUCAACCAGUCGAGUUUUCUUCAGACCUUCCAGCAUGUCGACUGGAUUAAGCUCGACAAUCUAUUUGAAAGACACGAAGUACGCCGACAUAAAAAUGCGAGUCUUUUAUAUAUAUUGGCGGAGCAUAAUAUGGGGAAUCUCAUUAGACGUCACCCAUCCAUCCUAUCGUGCUUUGAAGUACAAGAUGAGCGCUACGGCCCACCAAUUUUUGCGGCGCUAGCUACCAAUAGUGGUGAAGCAACUCGGGCGUUUUUAAAGGCCCUGGUGGAAAUCAGCCCCGCGAUGUCUCCUCUUCGCAGCAUGUUUGAACAGUAUUGCCAGGAUGGAAACAAACAGACCGACUUUGGACGUAACUUCCAUUUUUCACGGCGAAGAGGUAUUCUCUCAUAUCUUGCAGAGCAAGGCGAAGAGGUAAUAACCCAUGCAUUUCUCCUUACUUCAAACGCACUCGACACCAACUUGAUGGACAAGUUUGGCCGGACGCCGCUUUCCAGGGCCGCGCAAAACGGGCAUGAGGCCGUCGUCAGGCUGCUGCUUGAGCUGCUGCUCGAGUACGGCGCUGACGUCGAGGCGCACAACGGGGACGGCCAGACGCCGCUUUGGAGGGCCGCGGCGAACGGGCAUGAGGCCGUCGUCAGGCUGCUGCUCAAGCACGGCGCCGACGUCGAGGCGCACAACGGGGACGGCCAGACGCCGCUUUCUAGGGCCGCGGUGAACGGGCAUGAGGCCGUCGUCAGGCUGCUGCAGGAAAAUCUUCAUAAUCAUGAGACCUCUGCUUUGGAAAAUGGUACCUGUAUGGCCUAUCACAAGCAAAAUGUGCCUUCAAUGCCUUGA